AUGUUGCGCCCACUCUCGUCCCUCUCGACCAAGUUGCCACUAGCGACACGCGCUUUCUCGAACUCCAAGGCAGACUCACACUUGCUUGUACUUAACGCUGGCAGCUCGUCACUCAAGUACUCGCUAUUCGGUCUAAAACCCGAUGGCGUCGGCGCUGCCGUGUUUACAGGUCUCGUGGAGCUGUCCACACCAAGCAACAAAAAAGGCCGCAUCAUGCACAAAACGCUGGCAACGGGUGAGAAGAAACAGAUUGAAUUGCCACUAGACACACACCGUACGGCACUUGAGACGGCGGUCAGCGAGUUUUUUGACUCGGACCUCGACGGUAUCAAAGCUGUCGGUCACCGUGUUGUGCAUGGGGGAGAGGCUUUUAGUAACGCUUCACUUGUAGACAAGCAAGUGAUUGAGGCUAUUAAAUCCAACGUCAAGUUAGCACCACUUCACAAUCCUGGCAAUCUGCUGGGCAUUGAGGUGGCCACUGAGGUCUUUGGUCCGUGCCCGCAAGUCGUGGUCUUUGACACGGCUUUUCAUGCCACAAUGCCACCCAAAGCCUUUACUUAUGCUGUUCCGCAUAAGCUCUACAAAGACCUUGGUGUGCGUCGUUAUGGUUUCCACGGCACGAGUCAUCAGUUUGUUGCCAAGAAGGCUGCGGCUUACCUUGGGAAACCUAUGACGGAGUGCAACUUUAUUACGUGCCAUUUGGGCAAUGGAUCCAGCAUUGCUGCGAUCAAAAAGGGCUAUUGUAUUGACACCAGUAUGGGCAUGACCCCUCUGGAAGGGCUGGUUAUGGGCACACGCUGUGGUGACGUUGACCCGGCCCUGCACGCCUUCCUGUGCAAGGAGCUCAAUAUAACUAUCCAGGAAGUAGACACCAUGCUGAACAAGAAGAGCGGGUUGCUAGGUAUCUGUGACGAAAGUGACGUCCGUGUCAUUGACAGCCGCGUGCGUGCUGGCAACGACCCGAGUGCUUCUCUGGCGCUGGAUGUGUUUGCCCACCGUGUACGCAAGUAUUUGGGUGCCUAUGUGCUUGAGCUGGGUGGUGAUCUUGACGCUGUCAUCUUCACAGCCGGCAUUGGUGAGAACUCGGCAACGAUCCGUGAACGCGUGUGCCGCAAUUUAGGCUUCCUCGGCAUUGAGCUGAACGAGUCGAAGAAUGCCGCAUCGACAAUGGGCGCUGGCCCUGCCGAAAUUCAGGCCGACAAGACCAAGAUUAAGGUAUUGGUUGUCAACACUGACGAGGAGCGCAGCAUUGCCGAGCAGACGUAUGAGAUUGCGCUUAAGAAGUAA